AUGGAGCCAUCCGAAAAUGCUGGAGAACCAGAAACGAGGAGAGUAUUUGAUGAAAUUGGACCACUAAACAGUGAUCCUCAAGACCACCCCCAAUCACUAGAAGACAUUACUCCAGGUAAUGGCAAUGUAAGUUCGAAAAGAAAAGAAAAGACACCUCUUAGCAGAGAAUUUGCAUCUAGAGAAGAUAUUGAACCAUCGAUAUCUGGUGCCUUGGCGAUUCGCGAGCCUCUAAGCAAAGAGGGACAACGAACACGUACUACUACUACUCACAAUAAAUCGAGCAAAUCUGAUGAUAAAGAAGGGAAACGAAGGUCUACUAUUGCUACUCGCAGAAAAUCAAGUAAACCUGAUGACAAAGACCGUGGUCCGAGAAAGCAAGGCGAAAACUCGAAUGAAAACCCGAACGAAAAAUCGAAUGAAAACUUGAACGGAAACCUCGAGGAAACCCUUCUCGAAGCCGCUCGCUCUGGUAAUAUAAAUACGGUCGAGUUUCUUCUCAAUGCCGGCGUGUCGUGUGAAUUCACAGACAGAGACAACCGCACUCCACUCCUCUGUGCUGUAGAGGAAAACCACUCCGAGAUUGUUGACCUCUUGCUGCGAAGAAAUGCCGACUGGAAUGCAACAGACAAGUGGGGGCGGACAGCGUUGCAUAUAGUUUCAUCCGGUCAAGGCUAUAAGAUAGCUCUUAGGCUUUUGAAUAUUAAGGGCAUCCGUAAAAAUGCCAAAGAUGAACAGGACGAAACUCCUUUACACCUUGCUGUCAGGAAUCAACAUUUAGACACAGCUAAGCUCCUGCUAAAUUCUGAAGCGAAAGUCAAUGAAAAAGACAAAAAAGGGUUCACGCCUCUACAUCUGGCUGCAGCUAGAGGAGUUCCUAUCAUGGUUGAGACAAUAUUAAGCAGCAAUGGUAUUGAAGUCGAUGCGAGAGCAAUUAAUGGACGGACACCGUUGAUGCUGGCCUGUGGCCGGGCAGCUUCCAAGGAGUGUGAAGCCGUCGUGAAGUUGCUUCUACAUGCAGGUACUGACAGUACCCUUAAGGAUAAAGACGGAAGAACUGCCCUUUUAGAGUCAAUCAAGUACGAUAAAGUCGAAAUCAUGCGAUUGGUUCUUGAAAAUCUGGAGAGAAAAGAUGGACAAGAACGAAAGGAACUUGUUCAACAAGCUCUUUUCGAGGCGGCAGUCCAAGAUAGCCGACGAAUAGCUCGAGUUCUUAUUAAAAAAGGAGCCAUCAUAGGUGAAAAGGACCCAACUUCCCAGAAUACAGCUAUGGAUAUCGCAAAUGACCAUAGCAGCCAGAAGGUCGUCGCCGUACUUCUCGAGAAUGGCGGCCAACUUGUCGGUCAAGGUCCAUCAAUGGGAGACUGGUUACAAAACCCGCAAUCCAAAGUUGAAACAACAGAGUCGAUGUUGAAAGACAGUGCUGUGGACCUUACUUUUGGUUUCCAAUCUACCAUAGCAUCCUUCCCGUACGACGACGGUUGGGGAAAAUACAGGAUAAAGAGGCCCCAACUGCGAAGUGUGCUGUAUGACCAUAGUCCCGGACCAAUACAGUAUGAUCUCAAAGGGGGUAAGUCAAAUAGCAAGGAUUUCAGGUGGCUACAUGUUCCUGCUAACAAUAUUGUCUGGGUCAAUGAACUAAUAAACAGAAUGUACAAAGAGCGCCAUCCUGAAAAGGCAAGCUACAUUCAGGAAAAGUGCAAGUAUCUCUUUGGAGAAGAAAUCUGGACGAGACAUCAAUAUCAAAUGUCAUCCACGUCUGUUGCGCAUAGACGAUUCAUUCGACCAACCUGUCAACCGGUCAAGUUGGACUAUGACGAUUACGACGAUUAUGACAUGAUGAUGGUCCUUCCUUACAUUCACUGGGAGACUAAGGGCGGCCGGGAACAAAUGACAGACGUGAUGGUCAAGGCAAUGAAGAGACGCCUUAAUGAUUCCCAAGCUCCAUCAACUUUGAAAGAACUCAAGGAAGCUUUAGUAGAGCUGGAAAAAGCACGGAAAUCUAAAGCUAUUGACCCAGACUAUGGCACUUCAUCUGUGUCUUCAAGUGACGACUCGUCUCACGACUCCUAUACCAGUACUAUAUCGAGUGCUGCUGAAGAAACCGACUAUGAAACAGAUCCAGACACGGAUUCAAUCUCUGGAACCGUGUCGGAGAAUGAGAGCAUUCAUGCAAGGCGAGCACCUGUUAAGAAAAAUGUGGAACAAGAAAAAGGUAUAAAGAAGAGGAUUAGUAAAAUCGUCAAGGUUGCCAAAGAACCUCGCACGCAGGACGAGAAAUUGAUCUUGGCCUACAUGUUCGAUGAUAUUCCAUUGCAUUUCCGUCGGACUUUAGACCAAUACAAGUACUAUGCCCUCCCGACCACCGAGUAUCGCGAUGAUGAUCAGGUUGUAUCCCGGUACUUCAAGAAAACAUGGCCGGAAAAUGAUAAUGAGAACUUGGUGUUGAUGGUAGAUCAACUCUGGUUAUGGAUUCUGGACAAAGAUACAGUUGUCACAAGCUUCCCUCAACGUUGGAACAAGUCCGGGAAAAAAACGGGGAAAGAUCCUGAUCCGAAUAAUGAUUCAGACAUUGUGGAAAGCAUCAUUCGCCAAAUCGGGAAGAAAGACAGAAGGCCCCUGAGGCAUGUUUUCGAUCUGGCGGAGCUGAUUGUCGGCAAGUGUGUCGACACUAUGUUUCAACACUCUGAUAUCGCGAAUGAAAAGCUACGAUUCGCUGAAUUUUUCGAAGUCUCUAUUGGCAACGUGACGAACGAAGAGACGAAGAUGUUCAAUGACUUCAAGGAUCUAUCAAAAAGACUUGCCACGGAUGAUCGAAAUAUUCUAAAUUCCGAUGGACUUAAAGAGGACCUAAAAAAGUUGUUCGACAUUUCAAAGGAGACAGAACUUGUCAAGGAGAUUAAGGAUAUUCGAGACGAGCUCCAUAUUAUUUCCACUGUUCUCGACGACCAGGAAAAAGUUCUUGUUGAUAUGCAAGAAGCCAUUCAAUAUAUGAAGACUAACAAAUCUAAGGAUGGUUGGUCUGAGGGUGGUGAGUCAAAGGAGCUGCGCGCCUACGAUCUACUUAAGCGUGUCCGUUCACAUAAAGCGGUUGUUCAAGGGUUUGAUAAGCAGGCCGAAAAAACAUAUGCAGCAUUAAAGGACCUUUUAGACCUGAAGCAGAAACAAGGUAACUCCGCCCUUUCUUUCGUCUACUAUACUCACAUUUUGUCAGCAAAUGUUUCAGAGGCCCGGACACAAGGAAAGCAGGCGGCAGACACUGCUAGACAGGGCCAAACAAUUAUGUUGUUCACUAUCAUAACGGUCUUCUUCCUUCCGUUGUCAUUCAUGACUUCGUUUUUCGACUUGGAUAUUGCCGAAUUUGUCCGAAACAGUGAAGGUGAAUUAGGUCUAGGGUAUAUUUCUAAAAUCAUGUUUGCUGUUACAAUUGGUGUGGUCGCAAUUUCUCUUUUCUUUGCCUUCGGCUGGGAGCUCUUCCUCACAUAUUGGAAAAAAUUUCUGCUUGGAACUAGAGCUAUAGCGGUAGAAAAACUAUACUCACGACGGCGAAGUACUUCGCCUGUGUGGGAAUAUGAGCGACGCUCUCCCCCGAAAGGGAAGAAGUGGUCUCGGUGGCCCUGGUCUGAGAGAAGAACUUCAAUGUCCUCAAGCUAUCACUCAUAUUACUCAUAUGAUGGCAGUGCAAGUUCACGUGUCAUAAUUAACGAUGAGAGCAGUGACACAUGGUCGUCGUAG